AUGAGCUGGAGGAGGUCUGGGGUGGGGGGCUGGACAUUCCUCUCAUUCUGCAGGUCAGGCGGACAGACAGGGGGGUUGGAGGGCUUCCUGCCACUUCUUUUGGACGCCACCGCGUCUUUCUGUACAGUUAAAAAUGACAUUUAUGGAGGACGACAAAGACUCUCCCGGAGAAAGGAUUAAAACACCGGGCUACACCCACGACUGAGCGGCCAAGUUUUUCAUUAGAGGCGAGUUUGUGGUGGAGCUGCUUGAGUCCCGAAGAUAAAAGAAGAAAAAUAUGUUGGACGAAAUUCAGGGACCGGAAAAGUAAACGGAAGAAACUGUCUAGAAAGGACCUGCAAAAAGGCCAGGACCCAUCUGCUGCCACCAGACUUGUAGGAGCCUACACUGACCUUACACCUGCACCGACAACAUCAUCAGCUCCAUUACCCCAGGUAACUCAGUGGAUUUGUUGCAGCAUCACAACACGAAUAGCUGGUCCCACUGAAGCCUUCUGGAGAGCGCAGUGAGAGCAGCCACACAGAUGUUUCGGAAAAAAGCAUCUUCCUCCUUGAGAAUGAGAAGGAUAACAGAAACUGCUAGAUGGAAAAUAGACCGUGGGCGGAGCUUGUCCUUCCAUGAGGUACGUGGCCAGCGCGAGGUGGAGAUGAGAGCUGCGGCUGAAGAGUCUUCCAACAGCAGCAAUAGUGUAGGAGGUGGCAGCAGCACUGUCCUACAGCGCCUCAUACAGGAGCAGAUAAGCCGCAAUUAUGUGCUGCAACACCAGCAACAACAACAACAACAACAAGCAGGAGGAGGUGCAGGAGCUGGAAGUGGAGGAGGUUACUCAGUACAGGGACAGGUAGGCCCCUCUGAUGAUCACUCCAUGACUCCACACAUUGCUCGACAAGAGCCCCAGGGACAAGAGUUGCAGACAGACAACGGUUUAGAGAAGCUGGGCUCCACCAGAGUAGGAGGUGGGGGCGGAAACAGUGUUGGGGGAGGAAGUUUAGGGACUGGAGGAGGUGGAAGUAACAGUGGAGGUGGCGGGAGCAACCAAGGACAGUGUCUGACCUCUGAGGACCUUCCUACAUAUGAAGAGGCCAAAGUGCAGUCACAAUACUUUCGUGGUCAUGUUCCUCCUCCUCAACCGCAGCAACAGAACAGCCAGCCUCAGCAAUCUUCUCUUCCCACCUCAGUGGGCGCUGCCUUCUAUGUUACUGGGGUGAGCAGUGCCAAGGUGCGCACUGAGGGCCGCCCGACAGUGCAACGAGUGGGUGGUGCAGGAAAGGUACACCAGGAUGAUGGACUAAAGGAUCUGAAGCAAGGCCAUGUUCGGUCUCUCAGUGAACGACUUAUGCAGCUGUCUUUAGCGACCAGCGGUGUGAAGGCUCAUGCUCCUGUCACCAGCACCCCACUCUCACCCCCACUGCCUCCUCCAGGGCCACCUGGUGACUAUUACAAAUCGCAGCAUCGUGGCCCACCUCCAGACUACCCUUUUAAAGGAAUGGGUUCACCCACCAAACAGCAGGAGUCUGGAGGCCAUUUUUACCAGGAACAGAGAGGCAGAGAACACUCGAGGGAGGUGCCUCAUGUCCGGUACCAGCCCCCACCUGACUAUGGCUCAUUCAGGUCCAGCAAGGAGGGGUUGGUUCAUUCCCAGAGGAACAUUCACCAGCAUAGUCCCACCUCCUCUGUCACCUCCGUGGGUUCCUUGUCUCGAGCCCAGUCCUCCACCAUCAGCAGCUUGCUUAGUGCCUCCCACUCAUCUCAUCCUUCCUUCCCUCACCAGCAAUCCCAGAGCCAGGGAGAGCCCUUCCCAAGCAUGGGGCCUCGUAGUCCACAGGGUGCUGGCUCCCACCAGGUGGCUGAGCCCUUCACGCCAGUGUCUAUUCACCCAACAUCACAGAGGGGUCACGGUUUCUCACUUGACCCUUAUGGUUCCACCCCAAGGAUGCAGCAGCAGCACCACCACCACCACCAUCAUCCAUAUCAACAACAGCAACAGCAACAGAUCCAAGGACCGCCACCACUCCAGCUGCCAAUCCAACCUGGACAGUUCCCCAUGCCACAUUCCUUUUCCCACCUGCAGGGGGAACACUUUGCAAUGAUAACCCGUGCCAAUCAGAUGGUGAAUGUAUUGACGGAGGAGAACAGGAUGCUGAGGCAGGAGAUGGAGACUUGUCGUGAGAAAGUCACCAGGCUGCACAAGUUGGAAACAGAGAUACAGUUGGUAUCAGAAGCCUAUGAAAACCUUGCUAAGUCCUCCUCCAAGAGGGAGGCCCUGGAGAAAACCAUGAGGAACAAGCUGGAGCUGGAGGUGCGUCGACUGCACGACUUCAACAGAGACCUUCGAGAGCGCAUGGAGACAGCAAAUAAACAGCUUGCUGCUAAAGAGUGUGAUGGCUCAGAGGACAACCGCAAAACCAUUUCGCAGCUGCUCACGCAGAACAAAGAAACACUGCGCGAAAAGGAGAAGCUGGAGAUGGAACUGAAUGCACUGCGCUCUACCACAGAGGACCAGAGGAGACACAUCGAGAUCAGAGAUCAGGCAUUGAACAACGCCCAGGCUAAAGUGGUCAAGUUGGAGGAAGAGCUGAAAAAAAAGCAGGUUUAUGUGGAGAAGGUGGAGCGGAUGCAGCAGGCUUUGGCUCAACUCCAGGCAGCCUGUGAGAAGAGAGAACAACUUGAACAUAGACUUCGUACAAGACUGGAGAGAGAGCUGGAGUCACUACGCAUGCAGCAGCGCCAGGGAGGCUCACAAAACAGUGGUGUGGUCCCAUCAGAGUACAAUGCAGCAGCCCUUAUGGAGCAUCUGAGAGAGAAGGAGGAGCGGAUCCUGGCUCUAGAGGCUGAUAUGACCAAAUGGGAGCAGAAAUACCUGGAAGAAAGUGUGAUGAGGCAGUUUGCUCUCGAUGCUGCCGCAUCUGUUGCCACUCAGAGGGAUACCUCUGCAGCAGUAAUAAGCCACUCUCCCAGCAACAGCUACGAUACAUCGGUUGAGGCUCGAAUCCAGAAGGAAGAGGAAGAGAUUCUCAUGGCCAAUCGCCGUUGUCUGGACAUGGAGAGCAGGUAAAACACUCAACAUAUACAUGCCCCUGCCUGAGAAUUGGACAUGGAAGUACAGAAGCAUUGUAUUCAAUGCCACCUUAUAAUGUUUUUUUUUAGCUUGAGAAGAUUAUUUCAUUAAGUUUCCCA